AUGAGUUUGUCCACACUACAGCCCAGACGCCCCAAGGUGUGUUGUCAACACUACAGCCCAGACGCCCCAAGUGUGUGUUGUCCACAAUACAGCCCAGACGCCCCAGGGUGUGUUGUCCACACUACAGCCCAGACGCCCCAAGGUGUGUUGUCAACACUACAGCCCAGACGCCCCAGGGUGUGUUGUCCACAAUACAGCCCAGACGCCCCAAGGUGUGUUGUCCACACUACAGCCCAGACGCCCCAGGGUGUGUUGUCCACACUACAGCCCAGACGCCCCAAGGUGUGUUGUCAACACUACAGCCCAGACGCCCCAAGGUGUGUUGUCAACACUACAGCCCAGACGCCCCCAGUGUGUGUUGUCCACAAUACAGCCCAGACGCCCCAAGGUGUGUUGUCCACACUACAGCCCAGACGCCCCAGGGUGUGUUGUCCACACUACAGCCCAGACGCCCCAAGUGUGUGUUGUCCACAAUACAGCCCAGACGCCCCAAGGUGUGUUGUCCACACUACAGCCCAGACGCCCCAGGGUGUGUUGUCCACACUACAGCCCAGACGCCCCAGGGUGUGUUGUCCACACUACAGCCCAGACGCCCCAGGGUGUGUUGUCCACACUACAGCCCAGACGCCCCAGGGUGUGUUGUCCACACUACAGCCCAGACGCCCCAGUGUGUGUUGUCCACACUACAGCCCAGACUCCCCAGUGUGUGUUGUCCACACUACAGCCCAGACUCCCCAGUGUGUGUUGUCCACACUACAGCCCAGACUCCCCAGUGUGUGUUGUCCACACUACAGCCCAGACGCCCCAAGUGUGUGUUGUCCACACUACAGCCCAGACGCCCCAAGUGUGUGUUGUCCACACUACAGCUCAGACGCACCAGGUGUGCCGUGA